GUUAUGUUAUUUAUCCUCAUCACAAUUUUAUCGAAUUAGUUAUAAGUAAAUAAUAAUUAUGGCGUUAAAUAGAUUAUUUGCCAGUUUAGCUAUCACACCCAGUUUAAUUAGUAGGAGGUCCAUUCAUGUGGCAGCCGUAAAUUUUGCCAGUAAGCCACCAAUUGAUAAACCAAAACCAGGUUUAGGCAAGGCUUACAGAAGAAUUGUACAUUUUCCUGAGGAAUAUACUGUUAAGCCUCUAGAAGUUACAAACCUUGCUGGCAGAGACCCCGAAACUGGCAGAGUUAUUGCCAAGGGUAUCGGCGGCGGUAUCAAACAGAAGUACCACUGGAUUGAUUGGGUCAGAGAUGGACCCACUGAAGGACCUCCUCAGGAAGAAAAAGUUAUUCAGGUAAUGGAAGAUGGUUGCAGAACAGCCCACAUAGCUUUGGUAGCUGUUGGUGACAGACUGAAAUAUAUUUUGGCUACCAUAAAUAUGAAAGCAGGAGAUAUUCUCAAGUCUUCCCGAGAAUUGCCCAGGAUACCUGUUAGAGCAAAUGAGGGAGAUGCUUAUGUAUUGGGUGCACUACCAACUGGAACCAUUGUACACUGCAUUGAAAAAGAACCAGGUCAAGGCGGUCUUUAUAUUCAUGCUGCAGGUACCUUCGGAACAAUUCUACGCAGACAAGAUGACCGCAUAAUAGUUCAAAUGCCAUCCAAGAGGUUGUUCAGUUUUAAUCAACACUGCAUGGCGGUAGUUGGUCGCCUAUCAAACCAAGACCAUGGUGAUACACCAAUUGGUUCUCCACAACGGAACAGAUGGCUUGGUAACAGACCACGGUCUGGCCUGUGGCAGAGAAAGUCCGGCCGACACGGAAGAAAGAUCAAACCACCGAAGCCUGUGAAAGAAAUCCACUUACCAGCCAAAAAGGCAUUGCCAGCCAUCCGAAUGACAAUGGCACCCUAAUGUAAAUUAUUGUAGAAAUAAAGAUAAUGAUAGUUA